AUGAGAGCUGAGUACGAUGUUACUCACAGUACAAUCUCCAGGACAACUAACACACCUGAGUAUCUCAAACAGGCCUUAGGGAUGAAGAAACCCAGACAUUCUCGCUCAGCCUCGAAUGGCUAUGUUCCGGGAACCCCAGAUUACAAAGAGAAAGAGGACAUGUAUGACGAGAUUAUCGAUCUGAAAAAGACUGUACAGGCUCUGAGAGCAGAGGCCGAGAAAAUGAAAGUCAAACUGCGGCGUCUGGAGGAGGAGAACACCAAAAAGGACAGACAAAUAGAACAGCUGCUUGACCCAAAUAAGGGGUCGGAGUUCACCCGCGGUCUGGUGGACAGGAGAGCGGAGGGUAGCACGGUUAUAAAUGGACUCAAACAGAAAAUUCUGAGACUGGAACAGCAAUACAAAGAAAAAGAAAGUGCAUUAAGUAAACUCCAGAGCGAGUUAAAAACCACGGACACGGAGGAGCUGAAGAUCACCGCAGAGACGUACUAUGCGGAGGUUCAAAGGCUAAGAAUGCUGUUAGAAUCCACAGAAAAGAGUAUGCGUUUGGAGAGCAGAGACUGUCAGAGGCAGCAGAAGGCUCUCAGUGCGAUGGUGGCGAAACUCUCUAAGAACCUCAAACAGCUGGAAGAGGAGAACCAGCGACUCAAACAGGAAGUGACCCAGGACAUGGUCAGUUUGACGGACAGUCCCACGGGCCGAGCCAAAGGUUAUAUUGACUGGAGUAAACAGAGACUGGUGCGGCGAAUAUUAGAGCUGGAAAGGAGAUUGGAAGACGCAAAAAAUCGUCAAACAGCCAAAGAGUCCAACUCUCGUAAAGGCUCCGAGGCCGCUCUGGCCAUCGCCACGGCAACUGGGACCGAGUUAGCGGCACGAGGCAUCUCCGUGGCGACCGAGACCGACCCGACGCUGCUUUCGGAUGGAGAUCAGCAACAAGACAGUGUCCGUUUGAGAGGAGUCGUCAAAAGGCUGAGAGAGGAGAGGAGGGAGCUGCAGGAGAGGCUGUCCAUCAAAGAUGAGGAGCUGAAGAGACUGCUGGCGGAGAGAGACAAAGGGAUGAAAGAGGAAGCACUGAAUGAAGAAAAGAGAGAGCAUGAGAGAGAGAUCCAACAGCACAGAGAGGAGGUGGAGAAGCUGACAGAGAAAAUCAGCUGUUUAGAGGAGACACUGGAGGAGGAGAGGCGAUUAAGAACAGAAUUAGAGAGAAGUCAGGGGGACAGGAGGAGAAUUUGGAUCAGACACGGAGGAACUGGGCUGCCAAAGUCAUUCAGACACAGUGGCGCUUACAUUGUGCACGAGUUGACUCAUUCUAUUGGUGUCUCUCUUGUUUCUCAGGAUAUAGUCCUUCUCCAGUCUGCACUGAGGGGGCAUCUGGUCAGACUGAGGCAGUUAGAAAGGCUGAGGGAACCCAGGCAGAAUGACCUAAUACCCAGUUCCGUCGCCACGGACAACCAAUCAGUGAAAAGCAAUGAGGUUGUUUGCUCCAAUGAAAAGGCUGAUGGCCUACUGGAGAGUGAGGUGACGCUGCUUCAGUCUGUGUUCAGAGCUCACCUCCAGCGCUCUGCUCUGAGAGUAAACAGCCCCCAGACAGACCGCUCUCUCUCUGCUCUUCCUCCACUACUGGGACAGACCUCACUCUCUCUGCCCACCCACAAACCACAGGCCACAGGGAGUGAGGAAGAAGAAGGCAUAGAAGAGGAGAUCACAGAGGGAGACCCAGAAGAACAGUGUGGAGUCACAGACUCCUGUGAUGUAUCAGUCAGGAAGCAUUCAAUGGCAGAGAGCCGUGAGACAUCUGGAAAGGAUGCGAGUAAGGCCGAGGACUCAGACGACUCCGACGACAUCAUCAUCUCUCCGUCACGACCGUUUAGGAAGCGGGAAUCUUACCUCGCUGCGUCCCAUUCCCCUGAUUUGACUUAGGAGAUCUGUUGAUUUUUGACUGCUGAAAGUUGUCUUAAAUGUGUUCA